UUCUUCUUCUUUUGGGUUCGGAAAAUCUUCGAUUCGUUCGACCUGCCUAUUGCCCGAUUCGUGGACAAAGUUCUUCUUUUUUUUUUCUCCUUUUUUCUGUUAAUUAUGAACAUAUUAAACAAUCUACAUUUUGAUGUCAAAGGACCGGCUUUUGACGUCGGAUCGUGAUAGGGAACUGACAGAAGAAACUUUUUAUUUUGUUCUCUUCUAUAUCUAUCUUUAUUAUUUUUGUUGUUAUCGUGACCUUUUUCUGUGUGCAUGUUAGGAGUUGUUAGAUCUGAAGGCAAUAGUUUUUCUCUUACUAAAAAGAGAGAAGAUGCUUCUUUAUGGUGGUGAAUGUCUUUUUGGUUAAAUUUAAUCUCGGUCAAAUAUUUAAUUUGUCUAUCAUCAAAUUUCUGUGAUACUAAGGUGUUCUUUCCAGCAAUAUUUUAUGUGGUUAUUUGAACUUGGAGGCGUCUGCUUCUGCAUCCGGGCUUCAAUUGAUGUUAAAAGGGCUAUUGUGAUCCUCCCUGUUUGAGUUGACUAAAGGCUGCAUUUCUAGGGCAAAGUUUGGAUAGAUUCAAACCUAUAAGCAGGAGAAAAGAAUAAGUGUGAUCAAGAUGACAGAUAAAAAAGAAAGCACCUCCAAGGAUGCAGAUAUAUAUGCUUUACAAAAGCAAUGGGAUGAAGUUCUUUGCCCUAUCUGCAUGGAUCAUCCUCACAACGCUGUGGUUCUUUUAUGCACUUCAUAUGAAAAAGGUUGCAGAUCUUACAUUUGUGAUACGAGUUAUAGGCAUUCAAAUUGCCUUGACAGAUUCAGAAAUUUGAGAAUGAACUCUAGCGACAACCCCUCUGUUUCCAGCUCUACCAUCUUUGAGAGUGUUGAUGCAGAGAGACCUCGCUUGAGCUCUUCUUAUCCGUCAGAAUCUGCUUCCUUUCCAGGUGCACCAAGGACAGGAACAAACUUGGAACCCCAGGACAGUUACGGUACUAAUGGUAGAAUUUCUGCUGGUUUAGCUGAAUAUUUAGGCAACAAUGCAGAUGGACAAGCACAAGAUAGACAUUUAGCAUCUCAGGCAGAAGCAAAUUCUAGUUUUGAUGGAUCCGGUGGUGGUAAUGCACCAGAGGACAACUCCUUGAAGUGCCCUCUCUGCCGGGGUACUAUACUAGGUUGGAUGAUUGUUAAGGAAGCCAGAGAAUAUAUGGACCAGAAGCUAAGAAGCUGCUCUAGGGAAUCAUGCUCUUUUUCUGGCAACUAUAAGGAGCUUCGUAAGCAUGCCAGGAGGGUCCAUCCCAUGACAAGGCCAGCUGAGGUUGAUCCAUCAAGGCAACGUGCUUGGCGUCGGCUAGAAAACCAGCAGGAGCAUAGUGAUAUCCUCAGUGCCAUCAGAUCAGCGAUGCCAGGUGCAAUAGUCUUUGGGGAUUAUGUCGUUGAUGAUGCAGAUAGCCUGUCAGGUGAUGGGAGUGGGCCAUGGUGGCCUACGCUCUUUCUGCUUCAUAUGAUCGGCAGUCCGAUAGGUUCACUUGAUGAACAGAGGAGAUCGUCGAGGGCUUGGAGGACCCGUCGGCGCUCAUCCACACACCGCCAUCUAUGGGGUGAGAACCUAUUAGGCCUGCAAGAUGAUGAUGACUGGAACUCAGACAAUGACAUUCAGGCACCAAGGAGGCGCAGGAGGCUAAUGAGAUCGAGACGAGAUGAGGAGCAGCCAUGAGCUUAGGAAAAUAAUUUCCCUUCAUUGCUUCUUCUCCAGCGAUGAUUCCUUUCGACUGCAGAGAGGAGACUAUGCUUGCCUAUUACUCAGGCAAAGGAUGAUGGCUUCUUGACCUGUUGAUAUUAAGAUUUUUCAACUUGCUCUGAUGGAUUCCUGACUGUGUCCUUGUUGGAGUAUCAAAUGAAUUUAGUGGAUGAAUAGUUUGUAUUCAAAUGCAUUAUUGGUUGUACUGUCCAGCCUCUGAAAUCUAAAACCUGUUCAGUGGGGCUGCUGAUGCUGGUGACAUUAUCCAUUGCUUCAAUUUCUUGGCCAAAUUUGUUUUUUUCUCAA